GCCAAACCAAACCCCCGUGCUCUCCUCCCCAGACACCUCAACACAGAACAUGCACUUGAUGACCGAAGCACGGCCCAGUGUCGAGUCCAGAUGCAAGUGGUACAGCAGCUGGAGAUACAGGUGGGUGUUCCACGGGGACAAAAAGCCACUCUGUGUCACCCCAUGCCCUGGCUGCUCCCCUCAGGGCAAGGUGACAAGGGUUUCUCCCCCACCCCACAGUUUCAUCCCCACCCCACAGCUGCAUUCCUGGCCGCAUCCCACCCAGCAGGUACCCCCACCCUCACCACCCCCUCCCCGCCUCCUUCGGGACAGCACCCGCCACCAUUCCCGGGGCUCUCCCAGCCUUCCCAACCCCUUCCCUCCCCGCAGCUGAACCUGGUCUCCAGUGCCACCCUCUCCAAGAGCACUUCGGACACGUUUCCYGACGGUUUACCUCAUCCCCCCACCUCGGCCACGGCGCCCAUCACCCCGCUGCGGCAGGGCCCCUCCGUCAUCAGCUCCUCCACGYUGCACGGCGUGGGGCCCAUCCGCAGGAGGAACUCGGACAAGUUCUGCACCCCGAUCUCGUCAGAGCUUGCACAGAAUCACGAGUUUUACAAAAACGCCGACGUCCGGCCGCCCUUCACGUACGCCUCGCUCAUCCGGCAGGCCAUCCUGGAGACCCCCGACAGGCAGCUAACCCUGAAUGAAAUCUACAACUGGUUCACACGGAUGUUCGCCUACUUCCGGAGGAACACGGCCACCUGGAAGAACGCCGUCCGCCACAACCUGAGCCUGCACAAGUGCUUCGUGCGCGUGGAGAACGUCAAGGGAGCCGUGUGGACCGUGGACGAGCACGAGUACCAAAAGCGAAGGCCACCAAAGAUGACAGGGCUGAGGGUUCCCUCUCUCCACAGCCACCCCGUGCACGUGAAGGAGGAGCCGGCCGAGGCGGAGGACGACAGCAGGCCCGUGUCGCUGAUGGCCGCCACCAACCAGAAUGUGACGAUCCCCGACGACAGGGACCUGGAGGAGGAGCUGCCGGUGGAGGACUUGUCCUAAGGACUCCUUCCUCGUCCCCCAGCCCGGGGCCGGCCCUGCCCGCCCUCCCGGACCGGACGGAGACCGAGCCACGCUCCCACCUCCCCACGGUGACCUUCGGCGUCACCCUCAUCUUUCAAGGCACUUCCACAAAGCGAAAAGGGUUUCUUGGGACGACGAUGACGAUGAYGGUGACACCGCCACCGACCCACGUUGCUGCUGGCGUGUCCCUCACGCUGCCACUGCCCGGGGACGCACCGGCCCCGCCACCACGCCAGGAGCCAAACGCCACGAGCCGGACUUGUCCUGCCCUCCUCCCUCGGUUAGUGACCGGUGGAUGAGGAUGKUAGGUGGCUCCUGUCCGGAAUGGUCACUCCUCCGUCCCU